AUAUCAAUUCACACACCAAACACACACACACACACACACACACACACACACACACACCCAUUAUAUAUAAACACAAACUGUAGGAUUAUGGCCUCCGCAGUAACCGGUAAUGGGCUUCCGAGCGGGUGUAGGAUUUUCACCACCAUACCUGACAUCUUCUUCCUCCCGGAAUUUAUUUUCGGAGGUUUGACGUGGUGUCUCGUGGCCUCCACCAAAGUGAUACCUCCGAAUCCUCUGGGGUGGGUGAUGUUCGUCUCCAUCUUCUGCUUCGUCUUCACCACACUGUGGUUCUUAAUUUUCAUCGCAGGAGGAAACCAGAGCAGUGUGUGGCCCGGCCUGGACACUGCGUAUCAUUUCAUCGCGGUGGUUUUCUAUCUGAGCUCAUCGGUAGUUUUGGCCUACAUCACGAUUUACAACAAGGACACUCAAUUGUUCAAGACUUAUCAGGAGGACAUUGCUGCUGUGGUGAUGUCUUUCAUAACCACACUGCUCUACUUCCUCCAUGCCAUCUUCUCUGGGCUCCGGUGGAAAUCCUCCUGAAGAGCAAAAUAAAACAGCAAAACACGGCAACCAUCUUCACCUCAAAAACAAAAUCAUAAACUAAAUCUGACCUUGAAAAAAGUUUCACACAAUUGCUGUUGUAAUAAAUAAAGCGCCCACUAGGGGGCAGCAGCUGUAAUUGACACUGUUUAGUUUCCUGCUGAUGACCAGAAGGUUGCGAGAUCAAGUCCCACAGUUUGCCACUUUAAAAGUCUUAAUUAUUCCUCGACCUUUGACCCCCAGCUUAAUUUUAAAGAUGGGAUCAUGUAAGAAAUGUUAACAUUAAAUACAGUUAUAUAAACACACAAAUACAUUUAAAAAAUUGUAUCUUAAUUUUUUUUUUUUGUUGAGAUUUCUCUACGUUUAAUUAGUUUUACUAAAUUGUUUUCUAUAUUGUUCUUUUGAAACAUAUCAGAGAGCAGCGUGACGCCCGGCUCGGCACUCAGAACACACGUUACAGAUGCAGAUAUACAUUUACAUCUUAUUCUUAUUUGUUCUUGAGCUGUUUAUUUUUCUUUUCUGCCUCUAUCCAGAACUUUACACAGCGCCACUAAAGAACAGAUCCACUUCUGAGUCAAAAGAUGCUGAACUGAUGACUAUGAUGAAUAAAUUUAAUGUAUUCACAAAUCUGAUCUUAUUACAGUCUGUACGUUCACCUGUACACUCACACUCUGCCACGCCCACAUUAAAGGUGUGUUUCCCCGUCCACAUUAUAAACGGUGUGGGGAAAGCUAAAAUAAAGUAAACAAGUCAGAAUUUUCCACAGAACAAUGAAGCUUGGCUGAGGUAAAUAUGCUAAAAGUGGUAAAUUUUAAUUAAAGGACAAUAUAUUUCUGUAUUUUUACUCCAUCUGAAUAUUACUGAGAAAGUUUUUGUGAUUUUAUUACCAGAUUAUUCUCUUCAAAUUUUUUUUUACAUGAAUGUUUAUGCAAUGAUCAGAAAUAAAAUGUUUAACAAACCA